AUGAACGUCACAUGGGGUUUGCUCACGGUUCUGAGUGUGGUGUGUCACACUGAGUCGAGGUGCUCACCCACGGCUUAUUAUAAAAACUGCUGGAUCCGCCGCUUCCCGGGAAUUUUCAUCGACAUCGAGGAGUCACAGCGGAGAGGAGCUCAGCUCCUCAAUAAUUACCAGGAGGAGACGGCGCUGAAAUGCAGCCGCACCUGUUGCCUCACCAGAAACUUCUCCUGUAACUUGGCCAUUUUUCAUUAUGAUGCCGCUCAAGAGAACAUCAACUGUUUCCACCUGCACUGUCCAACUCUGGAGAGCUGCAUCCUCAGCCACAGAGGAAACGUUGUCCUCUACAAUGUUACUAAGGGUGUGGAUCCUGACCUGCUUGUGUUUGGAAAGUAUUUUACGUCCAACGUGCGCUUGUUACCCCACAUCUUCAGUCGGGCCAACGUCUCGGAGCCGCUGCCGUCGGACAAACGCCACUUCUUACACCCGCCUCCACCUGCUGCCCUGCCUCCAACGCCUGCUCCCACCGUCAAAGCGAACACCACAGCGAGCGAGGCGCUCAGCACCGCUGGUGCUUCUAUGCUGCACAGCCCAAAUCGUCCUUCCACAACUACAUCUGUUUUUACUUCCAUUUCACCUACUGCUCUCACAGACCUGUGGAGCCACAUGCAAACAACCCCUCCAGCCACCACUGCCACCACCUCCACCACCAAUGCUCCUGCAUCCAGCUUUAUGACAUCAUCUUCAACCAUCACUGACACUUCCCUCAGCAGGAGCAAUCCUGACACAAAUCCUGUAUUUUCCACGACAACUGCACAGCCCUUCACAUCCACCGCUCCCCAACCUGACACCACCAGUUCCUCUCAGUCCGCCACCAGCUCUCCAACCACCACAGCUAGUACGGACCUCACAGAGGUCAGCAAGCAAUACCCUAAUGACACAAAGGACACAGUGGGGAGGAACCACACUAUAGGUGAUGAGGGAGUCAGUGGAGAGGAUAUUUCAGAGGGACCUGGGUGGCACGCAGCCGCUCAUACUUUACUGGUUGCAGUGGCCGCUUGUAUCACAAUUCUGCUCAGUUGCUGUUGCUCCAUUCUGCUGGUGGUGAGCUGGAGGGGUCAGAGAAAGAGGAUGGGACGCUAUCGAACGUCAUGGAGAGGAAAAAGAGGCUCCAUGCGCCUGAUAAAGUACGUGCUCGUCAGAGAGACGUCCUGAAAGGAACAAAUAUACCAAACUAAAUUUUUCUUCUUGUUUUACAUGGUUUUUAUUCUUGUGAAACCAUAGUUUUUGCAGAAAAAUAUUCAGCUUGUAAGAAGAUAAAAACUUGCAUUGCUUUCUUUUAAGCACAUAGAAAUGAAAAUAGUUACUGUAAACUGAUGCAGUGAUAAUAUAUUUGAACAGAGCAUGCAUUUAAUGGCUUGAACGAUUUGCCAAAAUCAUAUUUAUCAUGUUUGUGUUUCACUUCUGACCCGAUGACUUCCAUUAUCGUGCACAUUUGGCUGAUCUUAGUCUGAUGCACUUUUUCAACCAAUGUCUUUAGUGGCAAAACCGCCGCCAACUACAAUACAAAGGUUUUUCAGACUGCGA